AUGCCGAAUUCGAUGGGGAAACCGGGGAAACCGGGGAAUCCGGGGCUGCACGUGGGCGGCUCGGUGGGGAGCGCUGCGAGUUACUAUAACUCCGCUCCCAUCGCCGUGUCUGCCGCCGCCGCCGCCGCUUCUGCUGCCGCCGCUUCUGUUUCUGUUUCUGCUGCUGUUGCUGCUGCUGCUGCUUCGAAUCUCGCGAAUUCGGCGACCGGCUUCGCGGCGCCCGGCAUCAACCCGUCGAUGAACCCCUCCAAGGUCUCCGCGCUGAACCCGCCCGCGCGAUGCGCCGUCGACGCCGCGGUGGGCCACGCGGUGGGCCACGCGGUGAGCCACCCGGUGAGCUAUCCGGCCGAGUAUGCGAUGAAUCCGCCAUUGAUGAAGCCGAUGGGCCGCCCUGUGAAUCCGCCGGCAGAAUUUGAAGUCGAGCCGUUUGAAGCCAUGCGAUCGCGCAACGCUGCGGUUUUUAGAGGCCAUCAUCGAUCGUAA